AUAAACUGUAACAAAGGGUUCGCGCGGUAUAUAAACUCCCCGGUGGAUCAUCUUCUCAGUUCGCCUUGCGUCUUCGGUCCUACAGCAAUAUGAAUUGCCACCAGUUGGCCAAGCUGGUCUUGGUGCUAUCGUAUCUCGGCAGCGAUGUCCUCGCUGGUCUCUUGCCAGGCGGUGAUGCCGCAGGAUAUCAAUAUAACCGACCUGGCAGCGGUGGAUUCGUCGGCGGCGGAGGUUUUAAUGUAGGCGCUGACGCUGGUUUCAACAUCGGCGGUGGUCGCGGUGAUUUCGGCAGCUACAGAAGACCCACCCAGGUUUACGGUCCGCCCGGUGGUGGAGGCGGCGACGCUUUCAACAGGCCGGGUGCUGUUGGCGGUGCGUUCGGACCAUCAACGUCUUAUAGACAUCCGCAGUUCGGCGACGAUGGUAGCGGUAGCUAUCAGGACCGCGGUCUAUCCGGAGGAUAUCAAGGAGGAGGAGGAUUCAGCGGACGUGACACUGGAAGGCCACAGCCGUACAGCUUCCAAUAUGAAGUAGUCGAUCCACCAAGUGGUAACGAUUAUGCUCAACGCGAAAACAGCGAUGGCAACGUUGUUCAAGGAGAGUAUAGAGUCCUGUUACCGGAUUCGAGGACGCAGAUUGUCCGCUAUAUGGCUGACGACGUGAAUGGAUACAACGCGGACGUACAGUACGAGGGACAAGCGCAAUUCCCUCGCGGAGGCGGUCCGGGAGGGUAUCAGAGUGAUAGUUUCGGCGGUGGAUAUCAAGGAGGUAGAGGCGGUUUCAGUGGAGGCGGUUUUAUCGGCAGCGACAGCGCUAGCAAUCAAUAUUUGCCUCCGCGUAACACUUACCUCAAAUAAACAACGUCCAACACAGGCUCGACUUAGCCAAAAUAUGACAUAUAUUGUGCGCACUUUCGGCGACAACCAUUACGGACCUCUCUCGUUUACGGCUUUUAUUCUGACACACUGUACUUCCGUUCCUCCCCCCUCCCCCCACACACAUACAUACAUACACACUACCUUUUCCCCAAUAUCACUUGCAUAUUACAGAUAAUCGCCUUCAUCCAUAUUUAAUGAUUAUUACACAAGGCUAAUUAGGAUAACUUCAUACUAUGCAUGCAUGCAUGUAUGUGUGUAUGUGUGUGAGUGUGUGUACGCGUAUUUAUAUAUGAUAUAUAUACUUGAUUUUGUAUAUGGUAAAUAUAUUAUCGAAUAUAUAUAUAUGUAUACGCUUGUACCUUUCGCUAAAGCGAUUGUGAAACUCUUACAAUAUAUACGUAUUUAUACAAGCUUGUAGUAAAACAUAUAUAAAGUACCCUUUCUAUUUAAAUAUUAUGCAGUCUCGUAUCAUUUGUUUCCAAUUCGCUUUAAUUGAUUGCUUCAAUUGAUUAUUAUAUUAAU